AUGGUUAAUCAAGGUGAUAAAUUUAAUAAACAUAAAAAUGAAAUUUGGAAAGAUAAUGGCAUAUAUACAAAUAGAUCUGUUAAUUCAACCCAAGAUAAUUCUUUUAAAAAUAUGAAUGGAAAGAAUAAUUUUGCUUUAGAAGAGGAAUAUAAGGAUAUAUUUCAAAUUAAUAAUUUUUCAAAGAAUUAUGAUCAUAAUAAAAAUAAUGUCCAUCUUAUGAAUAAUCAUAAUAUGAAACAUAAUAAUAAUUUUAUAACAAAUGAAGAAUCAGAAAAAAAUUCUCUUUUAUCAAAUAAAGAUUUAAUUAUUUUUAAUUUACAAGAUAUUAAAAAUGAUUAUAAUAAAAACAUAUAUGAUCAUACUAAUACAUUUCAAACAAAAUCUAAUACUACUACAAAUAAUAAUAAUAAUAAUAAUAAUCAGAGUAAUAGUCCAAGUAUUAUUUUGGCUAGUUCAAAUAUGAGUCCAGUUGAAACUAGCCAAUUAAAUAAUGUAUUAAAAAGUGAUAAAUCAAUAAAUAUGUAUGAAAAUAAUUUAUAUUAUGAAAAAAAUAUACAAGGGAAAAUGAAUAUUAUAAAUUUAAGUGAUAAUAAUAUAAAUCAUGAUGAUGAUAAAACAAAUUCCUUUGAUAUUUUUCCUUUCUUUAAAAAAUUUUCAAGUAUAAGAACAAAAUUAUUAUGUUAUUAUGAUGUAGAUACAGAUGUGGUCAUAUAUAGAUGUAUGUGUGCCUUAUUUCCAUAUUUGAAUGUUGAUAAAAAUUAUGAUGUUAUAAAUAAUAUGUAUGAUAUUGAAAAAAAUUGUGUAGAUACAAACGAAAAUAUUUUCGAUAAUAAUGCGAAUACAAAAGAAUAUCCCUCACAAGCGAAUAAGAUUAAUACAAACAACAACAAAAUGGACAUAAAAAAUAAUAAUAAUAAUAGUAAUAAAGAUAAGACUAACCUUUUUGAUGAUGACACUUAUGAUGAAGAAAAUGUAAGAAAAUCAAGCAAUGUAAAUGAUGCUUUAGAUUAUUAUGAUAAUAAACUAGGGUUAGAAAAGAAUCCAGAUAUUUAUUCCUUCGUGUGGUUAAAUUUAUUUAUAUCUUUUUUAGUGUUUUUUCUUUUUAAUAUAAAAAAUUUAUUUUUCAGUGAUAUGAAUAAUAAUAUAUUAACAAAUGAUAUAUCAAAUGAUAUAUCAAAUAAUAUUUCAAAUAAUAUUUCAAAUAAUACUAACAAUAAUAUUAUAGAUAAUCAGAGCAGAUUAAAUAUUUUAUAUAAUACUAUAUUUUUUUUAUACUCAUUUAAUAUAUUUAUUCCUAUUAUAAUAUAUCUAACAAUUUAUUUCAAAACUAAAAAAAUUGCACCUUUCAAAUUAAUAUAUCUUAUAUCUUUAUUAAGUUAUAAUAAUAUUAUUUUAUUACCAAUCAUUUUUAUUUAUAAAAUUAUUAUUAUAAAUACUUCUAUAAAUUUAUUACACUAUCUAUAUGUAAUUCUACGUUUCCUUAUAUUCAUUUUUUAUAUUAACACAUCCAUCUUUUAUAUUUAUAAAUUUACAAACAAUAUAUUUUUUAAUCAUUUUACUACAGAUCUGAUAUAUUUACUUUAUACAAUUUUUUUCGUUUCAUAUGUAUCUUUUUAUAUUCUUCUAAAACAUUACAUAUUUAAUAAUUUAUAA